CACACACAUACACACACACACACGGACGCACAAUGGAGGAUACAUCACCAAAGAAUCAGGGAGCGCAGCUGCAGGAAAUGAGCCCAAAUAGUGCGGGUGAGUGGGAGAAACCACCAUACUCGUACGUUGCUCUAAUCGCCAUGGCCAUCAAUGACAGCUCGGGCAAGAGGGCAACUCUGAGCAACAUUUAUGACUACAUCUCCUCCAGGUUCCCAUUCUAUCGCAAGAACCAGAAGAGCUGGCAAAACAGCGUCCGACACAAUUUGUCUCUGAAUGAAUGUUUCAUCAAGGUGCCCCAGGAGACCAAUUUGGCGAAGAAGCGCAACCACUGGAUGCUUGACCCCGCCUUUGAUGGCAUGUUCAAAUACGGCAACUACCGGCGCCGUCACAGGGUGAAGAAAGUUCAACCAGACCUGCUUUACCUGUCGCCGCACUAUGUGGAUGCCCCCUGGGGAAUGUGUCAGCCUCGAUCCCACCAACAGGUGCUCCAUCAAACCGGAGUGAGCUCCUACUUUCCACCGCCGCCGCCACCUCACUUCCACCCUCUCCUCCCCUAUGGCGUCUAUCACCAGCAGCCGGUUCUGGUGCCGCACAACGGAUAUCCAUACGGCACUGUGACCCAGCCAGUCAGCCCAGGCGGGGGCACUGUGGUUGUGGGGUGCGGCUACCAGACCACAGAGGGGCGAGUUGAGCCCUUAGAGCAGUAAAAUGGACAAAAGAUGACCAUAUUUUAGCCCAGUGUUUUUCAACCUUUUUUGAGCCAAGGCACAUUUUUUGCGUUGAAAAAAUCCAGAGGCACACCACCAGCAGAAAUCAUUAAAAAACUAAACUCAUUUGACAGUAAAAAGUCGUCGCAAUUGUUGGAUAUGACUUCAAACCAUAACCAAGCAUGCAUCACUAUAGCUCUUGUCUUAAAGUAGGUGUACUGUCACCACCUGUCACAUCACGCCCUGACUUAUUUUGAGUUUUUUGCUGUUUUCCUGUGUGUAGUGUUUUAGUUCUUGUCUUGCGCUCCUAUUUUGGUGGCUUUUUCUCUUUUUUGGGUAUUUUCCUGUAGCAGUUUCAUGUCUUCUUUUGAGCGCUAUUCCCCGCACCUAUUUUGUUUUAGCAAUCAAGACUAUUUAAGUUGUUUUUAUCCUUCUUUGUGGGGACAUUGUUGAUUGUCAUGUCAUGUUCGGAUGUACAUUGUCAUUUCUCCACAGUAAGUCUUUGCUGUUGUCCAGCAUUUAGUUUUUGUUGAUGUUGUAGCCAGUUCAGUUUUAGUUUUGUUCUGCAUAGCCUUCCUUAAGCUUCAAUGCCUUUUCUUAGGGGCACUCACCUUUUGUUUAUUUUUGGUUUAAGCAUUAGACACCUUGUUUUACCUGCACACUGCCUCCUGCUGUUUCCGACAUCUACAAAGCAUUUAGCUACCGGCUGCCACCUACUGAUAUGGAAGAGUAUUACACUGUAACUCUGCCCAGCUCUAGACAGCACCGACACUCAACAACAACACAUCAUUUGCAGACUAUAAUUCCAUCCAUACAUUUUCUACCGCUUAUUCCCUUUGGGGUCGCGGGGACUAUAAUUACUGGUUUGCAAAAAAUAUUUCUAACCCAAAUAGGUGAAAUUACAUAAUCUCCCAUGGCACACCAGACUGUAUCUCACGGCACACUAGUUGAUGCACACUAGAAACCCCUGGGCGACCGGUGCAAUGAACGUCGACUAGAUCUAGUUAAUAGUGUGAGAGUCCAGUCCAUAGUGGGGCCAGCAGGAGAUCAUCUUGAGUGGAGACAAGUCAGCAGCGCAGAGACGUCCCCAACUGAUGCACAGAUGAGUGGUCCACCCCGGGUCUUGAAUUUGAACAGCUAGCGAAUCAUCUGUGUUCACCUAAUAACCUCUCCACACAGGAGAGGGGGGCAGAGCAGAAAAGAGACAGCAGAUCAACUGGUCUAAAAGGGGGUUCUGUUUAAAGUUUAGCGUAUACAAAUGAUUUUUAAGAUGGGACUUAAAUGCUUAAAUUUACUUAUUAUGUGUUUACAAAUGACAUUAUUAUGAGGUUCCAGCACCCCCCGCGACCCCAAUAGGGACAAGUGGUAGAAAAUGGAUGGAUGGAUGGAUUAUUAUGCUGUUACAGCCAGAUUCAGUGAUGUCCAUGAAGUGCAUGUUAUUUAUUUCAGUUUUUAGGCUCUUGUGCAAAAGUGUAUUGCACUUCCAGCUGUUUUACUGGCUUCAUGUAAAGUGCAUCAUGUUUGGUAACUAAAACCAUGUCUCGGCUGGCUCGCUCGAAGUCAGCUGGGAUAGGCUCCAUCUUAUACCUGUGAAGCUAAUGAGAAUAAGCGUUACAGAAAAUGAAUGAAUGUUAAAUAAAUAAAGUUGCACUGAAGUAUAGGCUGCAUCAUGUUUAUACUUGCACAAUUCAACAUGUCUGUGAAGCAGUGGCGUCAAACUCAUGUUCAUCGUGGGCCACAUUGCAGAUACCAAAGUCCCUGGAGGGCGGCUUCAUGAUAUUAUACACAAUUUCCCCUUUGUUUGAUUAUUAUCAUUAUUUACCGACAAACUGAUGGAAAACCUGCUUUGGAGUCAAAAAUCAAAGUGACAACUUAAAUUCAGCUAGUGUAGAUUUUUCAUUAGAAAAGGGUUUUGAUGACAAAAAAGCCAGGAAUAGCUUGUUGCAUCAAAUAAAACAUUGAGUUAAGAGCUGCAUUUGCAUGCAUCUGUGCAUUUUUUUUAUGUC